UGAGAAUUACUGAAAUAAACAUUGUCAUUGUUAGAAAUUUCUAAUUUAUUACAAUAUUAAAAUGCCUGCAACGGCUUUUCAUAAAUUUAUGACAUUCAUAGGAUUAAUAUCAAUUUUACAUACAGCAUACUCAGCUGCCCAACAUCGAUCAUAUUUACGUAUAACAGAACAAGAGUUUAUCACCUUGCCAAUUGAUAUCUUAAUACAAGGAAUUAUUAGCUUAUUUAUGGUUAUGUACGGAGUAAUGUAUAUUGCAGGUGAUUUUAAAGAAAUUCGAGCAGUUGUUGAUUUAGAAAACAAAUCUUGGGAAACUUUAAGAAAUCUUCCAUCAUUUCAAAUAUUUAAUCAUCGUGGUACAUCUUUAAUUCCACGUUGUAUCACCCAUAAAAAACACAGGAAAAUUUAA